AUGGACGUCCGCCGGAUACCUCCUAAACCUUCCCUCCCCGAAAACCACCAACACCACCACCGUCUCCACCACAAGAAAUCAUCAUCGUCAUUGUCCUCCUCAUCCCCAAAAGCCUCUGAUGCCUUACCUCUCCCUCUAUACCUAACUAACGGCAUUUUCUUCACGCUCUUCUUCUCUGUGGCCUACUACCUCCUCCACCGUUGGCGCGAUAAGAUCCGAUCCUCCACCACUCUCCACGUCGUCACUCUCUCCGAACUCGCCGCCAUCGCCUCCCUCAUCGCUUCCUUCAUCUACCUCCUCGGUUUCUUCGGCAUUGGUUUCAUCCAAUCCUUCAUCACCCGUGUUUCUCACGACGCCUGGGACAUUGACGACGACUGCUUCAUCCUCGAAGAAGAUCGCCGCCUCCUUCUUUGCUCCUCCUCCGCCGUUGUUGAUUGCGCCGUCCCCCCUCCUGUGCCUAAACUGAUGGAACCGCCGCCUAUGCUUUCGAACGAAGAAAUCGUCAAAUCGGUGGUUUCUGGUUCGAUUCCUUCCUAUUCGCUCGAACCAAAACUUGGCGAUUGUUACCGUGCAGCGUCGAUUCGACGCGAGGCGAUGCAGAGGCUCACAGGGAGGUCUCUAGUUGGACGAUGUGGGAUGUAUAUGAAAGUUUGA